AUGAAUCGUCCACAUCACGGGAAAGGUAUCCAGGAAAGGGCACCUAGAAAACGGAAACCGCGACCUGUAAGUUGAUGAUUUUACAGCUUGUUGUGGUAUAUGUGUUGCAAAGUAAUGGUCAAACACUUUCGCCCUUUUCCGAGCCGUAAUUUACGGAAAUCAACUUGGAGAGGAAGACUUGACCCAGUGAGUCAAGUGUUUCUCUCAUGAUGAUGAGGCGACAAAUUCGACCAGCAACGUUUGAGGAAACUUGAAAAAUUUAAACAAACUUCUUGUAAGGCAUAAUUGAGGUUCCUAACUCGCGUUUUGCAGAAAAAACCCUAAAUUUUUUGAUGGAAAAAUAGUGAAAAUUCAAAAUUUUUUGGAUUUUUUUUUGCCAAAGAAGGCUUCAGGCUUAUUUCUGACGUAGAGUGUAAUCUUUCUACAAAAAAUCAUUUUUUCCCAUGCGAAAUUGGCCGAGAUAUAGCCAAAAAAGGGUUUUUUCUCUGACCGCUCUCCGCAUUUCGCAUGCUCUCUCGUCGGAAAAGACCGUUGAAUAACUCGGCUGUGACGGCAAAAGGAGAGCUGAAAUUUUUUGGGAUUGAUAGUUGGACUAGGUGAGACAUAUAGGCCAAAUUUGAAGCUAAACCCUGAGGGUCGAAAUUUCGAGAUUUUUCAAAAAAAAAAAAAAAAAAAUAGAAAACUUACAAAAAUUAAAAAAUUUUUUUUUCGUUUUCAGGUUGUCGAUUUGGACAACGACAAGCAAGCGACGGUGUUCGAGGAUGUGGACGCCCCCAUCCGGCCGGUCACCGAAAAACAGCUCCAAGUCAUGCAGGAGAAGGCGGAGCGUCGCAAAAGGCGGCUGGAAAAGAAGAAGGAGAAGGCCCAAACGACGAGCACCUCGUCCUCCAUCAAGAGCGUGUACUCCAUCAAGUCGUCCGAGAGCUGCGAGAAGCUGGACUAUGCCGUGGAGGAGGAGGUGAGCGCCAUUGCGAGCACGGUGAACCCAUUCACGGCGAGAAGUCAAUGGAAGGCCGAUCCCGGCGCUCAAUCGACCAGGGAAAAGGUGGGAAUUUGAAAAUUUGAAAAAAAAAAUUUUUUUUAUUUUUUCAAUUUUUUUUUUUUUUUUUUUUUUUUUUGAAAUUUUGCCCAUUCAUUAUGCCCAGUCCAAGUAUAAAUUCCUGAAAAUUUCAGCUCCGCCUUUGCAGGCGCAGCUGAGAUAUUCAACGAGCUUUUCCGACGAGAGAGCACGCAAAAUGCGGAGAGCGGUCAGAGAAAAACUUUGUUUUUUGGCCGUAUCUCUGUUAUUUUUGGGUGGGAAAAAAUGAUUUUUUGUGGAAACAAUGCUUUCUACAGUAGAAAUUAGCACGUAUAUUUUUAUGCCAAAAUUCGCAAAAAAUUUUUUUAAUUUUUUCCAAUUUUCGACAUAAAAAUGUCGGUCAUUUUUUUCAAAAUGCGAGAUAGUAAGCUGGCAUAUGACUUAAGAAAUCUAAAUUCAAAAUUUUUCCACGUUUUGUCAAGAUCGGAGCGUUUUAUCAGCCUCAGAGAAAGACUUGACUCAUCGGGUCAACUCUUUCUUUCCGAGCGGAUUUCCGCAAAUUAUGGCUCGGAAAAAAGCGAAAAUGUAAUGAAAAAAUGUUUUUUUUUUGUUUUUUAAGUAUUUUUUAUUUUUAUACAGGGUGCGGCAAAAAAAUGGAAACUUUUUUCAUUGGGUCCUGACGCGAAAAUUUUUAAGUGCAGCAAAAUUAUUUUCAUACCAUUAGAUUCUACGUAGUUUUCUCUCCUAGACCUUACGAUUUCAUGUCGAUAUCGGUUUAUUAACAUUCUUUUUUUGAAUGUCAAACCAAGGGACCUCGAUUUUGGACCUGUUUUUUAAGCUGAUCGAAGCGUUAAUUUGCCCGGUAUUGAAGCGACGUUGUGUCCAAAGUAGUCACACAAUGCAAGGAGCUUGUUAGCAGUUUCAAGCGUCCAUUCAGUUUAAGAGAACGCACCGCCAACACUUCUGCCAGCCGCGAGGUCAUCGACAGCGAAAUCCGUCGAUUUCCAGAAAAAAUUGCCCGUGAGACCGGCAUCAGCGACCGACCAGUCGGCCAAAUAGCUAAAAAUCAGCUCAAGGUCUCCCCACGCAAGGUCUAAAAUGCCCAACUCCUCACCUGCAAGAUCAAGCCCGUACGCCUGAAAAAAUGCCGAAAAUUCAGACGUCGGGCCGCAGGUCCACGUUGGAAGCGCGUUCCCUUUGCGGUGCAAUGUUUGGCGGGUGCACAACCAACAGAACGUUAGAAUCCAAUCCGAUGAGGCCUUCUGUACGUUGGCUAACGACGAACACCGUCAAAAUCCGGGCCGUCAUCGCCUAAGGCGCAAUUCGUGCCAGCGGCAAGAAUUCCGAGAUUUUCGUGGAUCAAGAGGGCAAAAUUCUAGCGCCGCGCUAACCUCGAUUUCCUCAUUCUUCUGUUGGCUCAGUAGAACCUUGGCAGUCUGAAUUUGGCGUUACAACUAGACUCAGUGCCGGCUCACAGGGCAAAAGCGGGUCAAGACCAGUAAUCGAACCGAUUUUCCCGAUUUCACCCCGUCUGCGAAAAGUGCGCCUGCUCGCCGGGUAUGGAUCCAAUGGGCUACAAUUUUUUUCAAUUGAAGACCAACAUCUGUACUACACGCCACAGAAGUUUGGAGUCGCAAAGUAAAUGCUGCGCCAAGAACGGGACCGAUUUCCCCGAAAAAGGCUGCGGCCAAAAGCCCAAAACUUUAAGUCACGUUUGGAGCUCUAGAUCGCCACCAAAAGCAGCCAUGGUGAAACGGGUUGAAUAUGUUGUAAAUAAUGCUCUAUGUUAUUGAUGAUAACCGUUAUAUUUGCGGAAUUUUGAUUGCUAGGAAAAAUAUAGCUAUAAAAAUAAGUUUCCAUUUUUUUGCCGCACCCUGUAUAGAUUUUUCGAAUUCCAGGUUGCCGCCGUUGCGACCCCGUCACCGCAUGAGAAAGGUCGUCGAGUCAAACGUCGCUCACGCAAAGAUUCCGCCAAGAGAUCGCAUGGAAAAGUGAAUACAGAUGAGCUUCCGGUAACGUCAUACCGCUCUGUCCCCAGAAAAAAAGUUUUUAGACCCCAAUAACCGCAAGCCGCGAAGUGAUUGCCACCAAAAGCAGCUCCGAAUCCAUUUUCUCUUCGCCUCAGGCCCCCAAGGAAAAGUUUCAGGAUGGGAAUGCGCUGGAAUUGGACAAAACUUGGCCGGAUGAGGAGGAGUGCGCGCUGGCGACCGAACUCUCCAAACUGGAAGUCGAGGACCACACUCAGAGUGAUCGAGAAAUUGGAAAGCCUUAA